CCAAUAACAUACAUUAUCGAUCUUAGUUGAGUCAUCAUUACAAAGCGAACCAUAUAAAACUCAUUCCUCUCUAGUAUCCACACUUGAAACGGGUCCUAUAUAUGGAACACAUUAACGAGUAUGACUGGAACAUGACUCACUUACUAUCCAACAAUGAUGAUGCUCAAACUACAUAUAAUAUGGAUAAUUAUCUGAAGUUGAGAGAAAUAUCCCAGCAUACGCUACCCCUCGGGUUGAAACUCACAUUGACUCCUGAGAUGCUUCCAUUCACAGAACAAAACAUGAACGAUGAUACUAAAAUCACAACUUCAUUCCAACUAGAAGAAAUUAAGAAAGUUGAGAAGUUGAAGGCUGUUCAUUUUCCAAUGUAUAUGCUCAUCAUUGGGUUUUUUAAGAUUGAGGCUAAAUAUCCUGCGGAUUUGGUAGCUAAGUUUUAUUAUGCUAAACGAAAAUUGGUGUGGGAGAUAUUGCGUGAUGGUUUAAAGGAAAAGAUUGAAAUACAUUGGCAAAACAUUUCAGCCAUUCGAGCUGUUCUUGAGGAUAAUUUACCCGGUAUUCUUGAAAUUGAGCUAGACAAAGUUCCAUCCUUCUUUCGUGAGAUAGAACCAAAGCCUGGAAAGCAUACUGUGUGGACCUUAUCUCAAGACUUCACUCAUGGUCAAGCUUCCAAAUACCGGAGGCACUAUCUUCAAUUCCCUCCGGGAGCUCUUGACCAAUACUACGCAAAGCUCUUGCAAUGUGAUAAUCGAUUGAUGGAAUUGAGUCAGAGACCAUUUCCUAGUUCACAUGCUAUUUAUUUUGAUUCACAUUUAGAUCAGAGGACAACACAACUUAAUUUUAGUCAUUAUUCAGAAACCUCCUUGGUUAUGGACCAACAAAUUCAACAAUUUGGCACAUUGCCUCUAAUUUCAAAUUAUAACAACCCAACUUCAGAUGAGUCGAUCAACAAUCAAAUGCUUCAAGAUCCGAUGAUGUCCACAUCUUGGAGUCAAGGCUUUCAUUAUGACACUUCACUUUCAAUGGAGUCUGUCCCACGAGCAAGUUGCAUACAAGCACAACCAAGUGGACCAGAUUGGUUAAAAUAUGAACUGCCAAGUCACAUUAAUAACAUGUUGCUAGGAGGCUACCAUAUCCCAGAAAAUGAAUUCAACACAACACAUAUGAGUGAUAGUGCCAGUGUAGUUUGCCCAAAUGUUGCUCAAUCAAUUGAUGCGAGUCUUGUUUACCACGCCAAUACAAGCACACAGUUUGAUUGGUCUAUGUUCACUUGA